UAGACUCAGCGCGCUUUGGGAGAGGAAGACUCACUUCCCCAGCAGGCUGUGCGUGGCGACCAAGCGGCGGGACCGAGUCUGUUGCGCUGGCGCGGGAGGCAGUGGCGAUCGGUGUUCCUGUCCUGGGGACUAUAGUCUGGGGUCCAGGUGAGACGAUGUCUUCCUUCGUGACAGAAGUUCUGGCGCAUUCGGGACGCCUGGAAAAGGAAGAUCUGGGCACCCGGAUCGGCCGCUUGACCAGGAGGGUGGAGGAGAUCAAGGGAGAAGUGUGCAGUAUGAUCAAUAAGAAGUACAAUGAAUUCUUGCCUAGCAUGCAGAGUGCCCAGGACUUGGUAACUCAGGUGGAUGAACUGUGUGAUGACAUUGACCUGCUGAAAUCCAGGGUGGAGAGUGAGGUACAACAAGACCUUCAUGUGUCCAUUGCAGAAUUUACACAACUGAAACAGCAGCUGGAAAGAGACACAGUUGUCCUGAGCAUGCUUAAACAACUACAAGAGUUUUCUACUGCCAUCGAAGAAUAUAAUUGUGCCUUAUCAGAGAAGAAGUAUGUUGCUGCUGCUCAACAGCUGAAAAAGGCACAGAACUGCUUGAAGUUGUUAAAAUCCAGGAAAGGAUUUGAAUUACAGAUUUUCAAAUCCCUCAGUGUAGAGCUCACAAUCCAGAAGCAGAACAUACUCUACCACCUUGGGGAAGAGUGGCAGAAGCUAGCUGUGUGGAAGCUUCCUCCAUCCAAAGUUAGCAGCUUGGAAUCUGCCUUGCAGACAGAACUUCACUUGUGUACCAAACCAUCCCAGAAAGAAGAUGAGACCCCGGGCCCCCCUCUCAGCUCUGUACUCUUGGCAUUUGCUCUUAUUGGCGAGCUGCACCCCAAACUUAAGUCCUUCAGCCAGUUGCUACUCAAAUACAUCAUUAGGCCUCUGGUCUCCUAUCCAUCCCUCCAUGCCCUUAUUGAUACUCAUCUAGAUACAGUUGUCUUUCGAUUUGAAUCUGUGGCAACAGACUUGGAACAUUCAUCUCCACCCGAGGUUUUUACAAAGAUCAGGCUGGUGUUAGAAGUUCUUCAGAAGCAUCUGUUGGACUUGCAUCUUGGUGAUGAUUUGGAAGAUGAAAAAGUAUCUAACAUUGUGUUGGCAGAGAUUGUGGGUGACAUGAUCUGGGAAGAUAUGUCUGAGUGUCUCAUUAAAGAUUGUUUGGUUUAUUCCAUUCCUACAAACAGCAGCAAGUUAGAACAGUAUGAAGAGGUGAUACAAUCCACUGAAGAAUUUGAAAAUGCUCUUAAGAGUAUGAGAUUUUUAAAAGGAGAUACUACUGAUUUGUUGAAAUAUGCCCGGAAUAUCAAUUCUCAUUUUGCUAACAAGAAAUGCCAAGAUGUGAUUGUGGCAGCCCGAAACCUAAUGACCUCAGAGAUUCACAACACUGUAAAGAUCAGUCCAGAGUCUAAGAUAGCUCUGCCAGACUUACCAGCCCCUGAUGAGGGUAACAGACUCAAAAUACAGAAAGUGCCCAAAAGCCUACCCAAUGAAAUGAUGAAUUUAGACCCUGAAAAUAAACUGGGUGAGCAUUCUUUCUCUUUGCCAACAUGCCGGAUCAGCGAAUCUGUGGAGAAACUGAUGGAACUGGCCUAUCAGACUUUAUUGGAGGCAACAGCUAGCAGUGACCAGUGUGCUGUUCAGCUUUUCUACUCAGUGAGGAAUAUCUUUCAUUUGUUCCAUGAUGUUGUGCCAACAUAUCACAAGGAGAACCUUCAAAAACUUCCCCAACUGGCUGCCAUUCACCACAACAACUGCAUGUACAUUGCUCAUCAUUUGUUGACUCUUGGGCACCAGUUCAAGUUACGCCUUGCCCCUGUUCUUUGUGAUGGCACCACUACUUUUGUGGAUCUUGUACCAGGCUUCAGGAGACUAGGGACGGAAUGUUUUUUGGCCCAGAUGAGAGCACAGAAGGGAGAGCUUCUGGAACGACUGUCAAGUGCUAGGAACUUUUCAAACAUGGAUGAUGAAGAUAAUUAUUCUGCAGCAAGCAGAGCAGUUCGGCAGGUACUACAUCAGUUGAAAAGACUUGGAGUUGUAUGGCAAGAUGUACUUCCAGUAAAUAUAUACUGCAAGGCUAUGGGGACUUUACUUAACACAGCCAUUGCUGAGAUCAUUGGCAGAAUCACUGCCCUAGAGGACAUCUCUACCCAAGAUGGCGACAGAUUAUACUCUUUGUGUAGAACAAUAGUAGAAGAAGGACCCCAGGUGUUUACACCAUUACCUGAAGAAAAUGAAAAUAAGAAGUUUCAAGAAGAGGUUCCCGUCUAUGUGCCAAAAUGGAUGCCAUUCAAAGAGUUGAUGCUGCUGCUGCAGGCAAGUCUACAAGAAAUUGGAGAUCGGUGGGCUGAUGGGAAGGGGCCCUUGGCAACUGCCUUCUCCUCUGGUGAGGUGAAGGCAUUAAUCCGGGCCUUGUUCCAGAACACAGAAAGAAGAGCUACUGCCCUUUCUAAGAUUAAAUAGCCCUGUCUUGCUGUGUAAGUCAUGUCAUCAUUGUAAGGAAUCUUCCAGCAUAAUUUCUUAUGCCAUUUUCUGGAAAUUUCUAUUGAUUUUGAUGAAGCUUCCUGCCAGAAUAUCAAGGAAUUUGACUUUAUAUAAAGACUGCCCUAUGUCCCUGACCUGAAAAUGUGCCACAUCAGCAGGACGAGAUGGAGUGGAUCAGGGCACCUCAGGGGCCUUCUCAUUACCUACAGGAAAAUAUCAUUUCCUUCUAUUUCCAGUGCCUUCUGGGAGCUUUGUUCCAGGAGGAAGUGGCCCCUGAUUCCAGAUCAAGAAAUUGGGGACACUAACUUUAGUGGGGGACCUGGCAGCCACUUCCCUGUGGGAAGGAUAGUUUUUGGAGGGAGUUCACAGCAUCUUAGUUGACCUACCAGUUACUACUAAGUGGACUUCCUGUAUAUCAUCUUUCUAAUAAAUGAUACUUUUAAGAAUCAUGGAAGUAGUGUAUUUUGAUGGCAGAAAGCCUUUGAGGAGAAGGACCAAGAGACUUCCUGAGCCACUAUGUAACAGGAAAUCCUUUAUUAAAAUAGAGGAGCCACACAGGGAUAUUUGGUGAUCUGUCAUUUUUUUUUCACUUAUGCUAAUUUGGGAUUCUAUUAUCCUUUAAGCUGUCCAACAUUGGAUGUUGAGAACUAUACAUUUCUUUAAUUUGUUUUUUCCCUCCUUAAGAAUCCUUAGCUGUGGCAUUUUUAGAAAUCUCUCAUCCCAUUCUAGGAAUUUUGAGUUGAAUUCUGAAUGUUUACAUGAUGGGAGCCUAAGUAAGCUGGAUUUUAGGACUCGAUCCUUGUUCCUAUGAACCUUAUUUGUAUUCAUCUUUCUCUGUGUUAUACUUUAGAAGUGCCUUUGGCAUCCAUCCAAAAGGCAGUGCGAUUGUUCAGGGAACUCAGAACCUAUGGGGAGCAGUUGAAGGAAUUAGGGCACAUUUAUACUGUCAAAGAGGCCUUAGUGAGAACACAGUAACUGUCUUCAGAUAUUUGAAGAGUUUCCAUGUGAAGGAAAGAUUAAACACAGUGUGACUCCACAGGGACAAUUGUGACAGUAGUUAAAACUUUCUGGACAUGAAUGACCUGCCUUAUGGGAUAAUGAGUUCCCUGUCAUUGGUGGUGUUCAAGUAGAGACUGGACAAUCACUUCUGGGGAUGUUGUAGAGGAGAUUCCUUCAUUGGGUGGGAGGUUGCUCUAGGUGACUUUUAAGGUACUUUCCAACUCUGAAAUUCUGUGUUGUGUCAUCAGUGUGAAAGUUGAACUUUUACGGUCUAGUAAUUAAAAAAAAAUUUUUUUUUUAAACCUU